UGUCUUAAGAUAAACAACGUUUGCAUGCAGCACGAUAAGGACACAUACACAUUGAAUGCGAUUGUCUCUAGUAAAAUAACACGUGCUUAAUAAGCUUAGAAGGACGAUAAACAUGAGGUUUCUAGACAUUGGAAUGCUUCUUGCAAUUGGUGCUUGUUAUAUAAGUUCUGCAUCUUUGUCUGACGUCCAGUUUGCACAGGACUUUUUGGUAAAACAUGGGUAUCUAAGCUCUUCCAAACUUGCGACUGCGUCCGAGUUCCGCGAAGCAUUGCAAGACUUCCAGAAGCGCAUGAACAUUGCCAUUUCUGGUGAAGCAGACGAUAAAACGUUGGAAGUAAUGCGCAUGCCUCGUUGUAGCGCCCCUGACCGUUCUCCCAUCAAUGGCGAUGACGAGUUUUCCUUUAACCUUGCCUCAGGCAUAAGUGAACGAUGGUACAAGUGGAAGCUCACCUGGUCUAUAGGCCCAUACACCAAGGAUAUGAGCAGAAAACAACAAGAGCAGAUGGUCGGUAGGGCGUACAAGGCCUGGUCAGAUAUAAGUCGUUUACAAAUUUCAAAGGCACCACAAGGAAGUCAAGGUGACCUGAAAGUCAAGUUUGUCACCGGAAACCAUGGCGAUCUGUUUCCCUUUGAUAAAUCUUCUUUUGCGCACGCCUUUUGGCCGGGGUUAUUCCCAGGCACUAAUUUUAAUGGAGAAGUUCACAUGAACGAUGCUCUGAAAUGGCGUGAUGCCGCUAAAGAUCCCAAAACUCUUCUAUUCAAAGCUGGUUGGGACGGGUACCCUGUGUUGCUCCACGAGAUUGGUCACGCCCUGGGGAUUUGGCAUUCCGAGGAUCCCUCCGCCGUCAUGUGGCCCUUGACCUACCACCAGGGACCACUGAAACCUCAGGCAGAUGAUAUUGCCGCCAUGCAGACCAUAUAUGGAUCACCCAGUGCAGCCGACGUAUGCAAGGGACCAGCUGUUUGGCCGUGUGACUCCUACCAUGAGAUACGGUACGGAGUUGUUCACAGAUAUUGCAAAGCGCCGGCGCCGCUGAACGAAGCAAACAACUGUGGAUGUGAACGACAGUGUGAGAUUCUGGAGGAGAACGCAGGUCCACUGAACCGCUUCUGCCGCUGUGAGCAAGUUUUGAAAACAAAUGACGCGGUAAAAGAGAGGUGCACGGCCAGCAUUCAGAAGUUUGCUUGCAGAAACGGCAAAUGUAUCCCACGUUCAAACGUGUGUAACAAAAUCAACAACUGUGGAGACAGGUCGGACGAGGCGGAUUGCGUGAGCACAGCUCCGUGUGGUGCCACUCAGUUCCGCUGCAGCAAUGGGCGGUGUAUACCGUCCGCCCUGGUGUGUGACGGCGCCUACCACUGUGCAGACAAGUCAGAUGAACGCGUGUGCCGUCUUCAUUCAGGACGCUGCGGAAUGCCUGGUUACACACUCUGCACUGACGACACCUUGCGGUGUAUUCCAAACCGCUGGGUAUGUGACGGCGUGCCUUUUUGUCUUGACAAGUCUGAUGAAAGAAACUGUCCGUCAAGGUCAGACGGCGGUUGGUCAAACUGGUUUGUGGUUACUGCAUGUCCAGAUAAACCACGUUGUGGAGACACAAUAAUAUUGCGUAGAAGGUGCAAUAAUCCUGCUCCAUCUCCAGGAAAGCUCCCUUGUCUUGGUGCUACUUACAGAGAAGAACCAUGCUUAAGAAGCUGCGGGAGAACCAGGGCACAGUUAGUUGCCAUCUGGAGCUCUUGGGCACCUUAUAGCUGUUACAAAGGCGUCAACGGUUCAGAGGGAUGUGGGCAGUACGGGCUAGAGGUGGCGACACGGUCUUGUAGACUUCGUGGAAAACGUGUCUCAGAAGAGCAGUGCGGUGGUGGAAUUGGUGCAAAAACGUCACUUGGGAAGUGCAUGAAAACAUGCAUCAACUAUGAGAAGUUUAAGAAGAGAUAUCCAUGGUUAGGGGGAGGCUGUUACCUUCAAUGUAACAAUGGAGGCACCUGCGUCUUUAACGACGACGAUGAACCAGUUUGCAGCUGUAGAAGUGGUUUCAGUGGUGAACAGUGCAUGACACGGCUGACCAAUGAAUGCCGUAAAAAGUGUGGCAAUGGUGGCACGUGCGUGAUGACCUUGAUUGACGACUACUGCGAGUGCCCGGAUGGCUACAGGGGAAAACUUCUUGAAAAAAAAAAAGGGUAA